AUGUCUUCCUCCGGCACCGCCAACGACGGCAACAGCCACAGCGGCAGCGGCAGCAUUCGCAAAUCCAUCAUAGGUUCGUUCAAGAGAUUCUCGAGAAAGGCCAGCUAUGAGGGCGAGCCGACAGCAAGUCGCCCGUCUGGCGGCAGCGGAAGCUCAUACAACCAUGGCGCCACCAGCAGCACCGCUGCUCCUGCUGCUGCAUCCGUUGUCCCCCGCAGUCCUGUGACGGGCCCACGCCCAGCCGAUCAGAACGACGGCUUUCUCGCAGCACCUUCUGCAGAAACUGCUCGCGAAUUAGCCAACAGACGCGAUAGUCAAUCACGCAGCCCUCUCGUCAAUCCCUCGCCGGCUACCCGUCGUCCUGCCGGAGUCAAUGAUCCUCCUCCUCCUUACGAGGCCGUCAACACGGUCUCACCCACGACUGCCAGCGCCAGUGCAGGUGGUCGUCAUCGCCCGGCGUCGCUGGCUCCCUCCACCCGGUCCAACAUCUCCCGUCUGACGGUCAACGACAUCACGACUGCCGAGGACCGCUAUGCCUUCCUGUCGACCUUUGACACCAUCUUUGUCAUUGACGACUCUGGUUCCAUGGCCGGCCGCUCGUGGCAGGAAGUCGGCGCCGUCCUGGCCAACAUUGCCCCCAUCUGCACCACGCACGACGCCGACGGCAUCGACCUCUACUUUUUAAACCACAAAACACCAACCACGGCUGCAACGCCUCCUGGCAAGGCCACCGGUGGCUACUCCAACGUCCGUGAUGUCGCCACGGUGAACCGCAUCUUCGAGACCGUCCGCCCCGGCGGCUCUACCCCGACCGGCACCCGCAUCAGCAAUAUCAUCCGGCCGUACCUGCGCUACUACCAGCAGAAGCUACAGGAGAACCCGGACGAGCCCGAGUUGAAGCCCGUCAACAUGAUCGUCAUCACCGACGGCGAGCCCAGCGACGACCUCGAGGGCGUCCUCUACCACGCCGCCCAGAAGCUCGACUCCCUCGAUGCGCCGCCCUUCCAGGUCGGCAUCCAGUUCUUUAAGGUCGGCAAUGAGCCCGGCGCCUCGGAAUACCUGCGCACCCUCGACGACCACCUGAGCGAGCUGGUCCGCGGCCAGGGCGUGCGCGACAUGGUCGAUACUGUCACCUGGGACGCCUACAUUCAAUACACUGGCGCCGGUCAUGCCGCCCUGACCGCUGACGGCAUUCUCAAAGCCGUGCUGGGAGCUGUAGUCAAGCGUCUGGACCGCCUUCCCACCGGACCUGCACGUCCGCCCUCGGCUGGUCGAUGA